AUGGAAUAUACUUGCACAACUUCCCCUGAUACUAACAAUGCAGCAAGCCUCCAUCAGUUUAACAGAAAUGUACGGCCUGUGCUACAUGUACUGUAACCAGACUGGAAAACAAUGAGAGAAGAAGUGCAAAACAAUGCCUGCAACAACAACUCCACCUGUAUAUGUACUCCGCCAUCUUCGUGCGAUGAAGGAACAUAUUGUCAAGUAUAUUCAAUGCUCUACAACAUAGUUGAAGUAUGCUUGUCAACGCCAGUAUCAAAUGUUUGACCAGAAUAAGGAGUGAGUGAGUUUUACAACUUGAUUGUCACACGCAGUUAAUGGAGCAUGAUGCCCUCAAUCAGCAAUUACCAGAUUCAAAAGUGUUUUAAACAUUAUGUGUUUCUCUUUCAGCCUGUAACUAAGGAACUUUCAGAAGAAGUAGAUGAGUAAGUCAGCGUACAUCUUACCUGUUACGCUGCACUACUUUUGUUCUAUUUUUGCUGUUUUCCUUUCCCUGGCUUUAGGGCACAACCCACAGCCUAGCACUACCAACACUCUUCACCAUCGACUGGAGCAAAUUUCCACAACAAAAUUCUCUGGGAUUGGUGAGAGCAAUGAUGUUUUCUUGGUUGCUCCCCUCUCCAAUCUGACCAAAGAGAUUGGACUGGGUCACCUACCAGGCCACUCUUGACCUCCCCGGCUUCCCAAUAUCUAAUGUUACCCAGUGGGGUAAUAUCUAAGAGGCACUCUAACGAAUGGAUUACUAUUUAUCACUUAUUCUAUUCUGGAAGUGAUAGUGUUAAUGGCCACAUACCCAAGAAACCCUUCACUACCCCUUGUAUACAGGCCACUGCAACUUAUUGCCAAUCACGAGUUGGCAAGUUUAUGCAUAGUACUAACAUAAAUAUUGUCAUUAUUGCUAUACGAUCUAGUUUGCAUGUAUUGUGGACUGUCAUCAUUUCCCACAAUUUCGUUAGGACAGUUUUUUUUGUAGAGAGGUUGCAUUCGUCACGUUGUCAUCACUUCUGAUCUUUUUACCAAUAUAAUAAUAGAGGGAGCCUCUACUGAAUCAAAACAGUGCAUUUUGUAAAGUUUACUUGGUAUUCAUGAGUAGUCAGGAAAUUAUUAAUUUAACAUAGUUUUGGGCAUUUGUGCAUUAUUGGAGUUUAUUAUAAGGCACAAUGUUAGUGUGACUGUGCUGGGCUUUACUUGACCACAGUAUUUAUUAUUAUUAUCAUACUUUUUCUCUUUUUUCUAAUUUUUGAUUUUGUUAUGCACACUUAAGAUAUNAAUAGAGGGAGCCUCUACUGAAUCAAAACAGUGCAUUUUGUAAAGUUUACUUGGUAUUCAUGAGUAGUCAGGAAAUUAUUAAUUUAACAUAGUUUUGGGCAUUUGUGCAUUAUUGGAGUUUAUUAUAAGGCACAAUGUUAGUGUGACUGUGCUGGGCUUUACUUGACCACAGUAUUUAUUAUUAUUAUCAUACUUUUUCUCUUUUUUCUAAUUUUUGAUUUUGUUAUGCACACUUAAGAUAUCCAUGCAUUAAUUAAAAAAAACAAAUAAAAUAAAUACAGAUUACAUCACAAAAUUAAUGCAUACUAUAGACUUAAUUUUUAAAUGUAAAUAUAAGUUCCUUGCUUUUGUAUUAUGUAUAUUGUUUCUAAUCUUGCAAUACAUUAUGUGUGCAUUGGUUCACAUUGGUCGUUUUGUAUCAAUUAAGUGAAUCUAUGUGCAGUAUAAAAAGGUAAAAGAGCACACAAAAGAAAAUAUUUCCAACUCAAUUACUUUCUAGAAGCAGCAGCCCAGAGGAAAAAAACAACACCAAACACAGAGCAGUCACAAAAAUUCCUCAUAAAUCAGUUUCAGGAUGCCAUCCAGAAAAAAAAAAGACAUGUGUGAAGACAUAUUCACCACCAAAAGAGGAACAAAAUGACCAUCAAACAGUGGAUGAAGCAAAUGCGGUACAAGAAAUAGAAUUCACAGACUAA